UGCCAUGGUGACGGGACGCGGAGUGGUGGCUCGAGCCGGUCUCGAGCCAAGCGGGGAAAGGGCGCGGAACUGCGGCCGCUCGCGGCCAUGACUGGCAUUCUGUGCGAUUGGCUGAAUCGGGAAGUGAAGCUCUCGCGGACAGUGGAUAUAGAAUCUUUCGCCAGAGAAUUUUCUUCUGGUUAUCUCAUUGGAGAACUUCUAAACAAGUAUGAACUUCAGGAAGAUUUUGCUCAGUUUUCACAAAGCAGGCUUGCCAAUGCAAAACUUAACAACUUUUCUCGCAUGGAGCCCACCCUUCAACUUCUGGGUGUACAGUUUGACCAAAAUGUAGCCCGAAACAUCAUGACAGAGCAGCAUGGAGCUGCUAUCAAACUUGUGUACCAAUUGUAUGUGGCCCUAGAGAAAAAGAAAAAAGCAGGGCUCACUGGAGUUGCCAUGGAUGCAAUGCGACCUUCGGCUAAUGCAAAGCUUAAAAGUGUAGGAACCGAAAUAUAUCGUGAGAGACUCAAAACACUAGUACCCCGCCAAGCAGACCUCUCACUCCAACAAAUUUCAGACAGCUUUCAAAACAAAGCCAAGAUCUUGGAAAGUAAGGUAGCUGACAUGCACUUUGUGAAGCAACAGCAAGCCAAACAGAUCCAGGAGGAAAAAAAGGCUGAAGAACUUGAAAGGAAAAUUGCAGAAAAACGCAGGCAGAAUGAAAUCAUGGCCAAGAUUCAAGCAGCAGUUAUCCAGAUUCCAAAACCAUUUCCACAGCAUACGGACAAAGUGAUUGAAGACCAAAAAUUGCAGAAGAAGAAGAAGGAAGCAGAAACCACAUACACUGAAAUUAGGAACUUCGAAAAACAAAUGAGGAAAGAGGCUGUUGUACCUGCCAAACUCACAGAGAGCAUGAUGAAUGCAAUAAAGCAAGAACUAGCUACGGCAAAACCAGUCAUUACUGACCUACUGAACACCUACUCGGAUGAUGAAUAUAUUAGGAAAAUUCAGAAACGUCUUGAGGAGGAUACCUUUGCUCGAGAACAACGGGAGAAGAGAAGGAGAAAGAUGUUAAGGGAGCAACUCAUAGCUCAUGAAACACAAGAAGAGGCCUAUAGAGAAGAGCAGCUUAUCAACCGACUUAUGAGACAGUCCCAGCAAGAGCGGAGAAUAGCUGUUCAACUUAUGCAUGUGAGGCAUGAGAAAGAAGUCCUGUGGCAAAACAGAAUUUACAGAGAAAAGCAGUUUGAGGAAAGACGCCUCAAAGAAUUUCAAGAAGCUCUUGAUAGGGAGGAGGCUCUUGCAAAACAAGAAAAAAUUGAACUUGCAGAACAGGCCCUUAGAGAAAAACAACUGCAUGCAAAACUUGCUGCUGAAAGAGCUGAGGCUCGCUAUAAGAAGCAUUACGAAAUUUGCUGGGAGGUGGUUGAACAAAUCAUUGAUUUAGCAACUAAAAUAGGAGAAUAUAGAACACUGACAAAUAAUUUAAUUCCUGCAAAGCUAAUGCGUGACUGGAAGGAACUCUUCUUAAAAGGAAAGCCAAUUUAUGAACAAGCUGACAUCAGCGAUUUGCCAGAUGAGCCAACUCCAGAACAAUUAGUAGAACUGGACAAAAUUAAUUUGCUAGAUGAGAAAGAUUAUGAUGAAUAUAAGGUACUCCCAACUGAUACGGCCUAGUGGAAGAAUAUAUAGCUCAUAAAAUCAUUGUUCAUGAACAUCACAUUUGUUUUGUGAUUGAUGCAUAGGUUUCAUAUUAGCAUAAUAAGCAUUUUGGCAGAAUUAAAUGUACUUUAUACUCCGUUUUUCUAGGAUUUGGCAAUGCAUUGAUUUACUGCCCCUCUGGGUGUUUAUCUGUCACAGUCCAUUCCAUUGCCCCUCAUAAGCAAUAACAAUAACAUGCAAGAGCUCCGAGGUUGUGAUAUUUUAACUUAAGUAGAAAUUAAGUUGUAGUACAUUACAGUGUGCUAGAAAAUGCAAAGUAAUACACAAAGCCUGAUGUGAAAUAAACACUGUCUGUCACUGAA